AUGAGUUCGAUGUCGCAUUUAGUCGCCAACUCCCGCGACCCGAUUUGGUGGCUGAAACAGUGUUGGGCUGAGAGCCGUUGCCGUUCUUUGAGCUCUCUUAUCUGUCAGUCUGUUUUUUGCUUGCCUUUCAGGCAUCUAUUCAAUCAUCAUAGUCAGUUUGACCGUUCACUUGGUUUCUCUCUCAAUGGUCGGCGUACCUCGACAGAGAGUACUCUAUAUACACGAAGUAAUGAUUGCAGACGGCGCUGGGCCUUGAUUGGCCCCCGAGCAGGAUUUACCUAG